AUGGAGCCGAUUUUAACGUCCGUCUUUGUCUUCUCGCCGGUGGUAUCGUUUCUAUCGAGUCCAAGACGUCUUUUGUCUUUGCUCUUUAUAGUCGCGUCAAUCUUUUACAAUUCAUCCAAGAGGGAGAUCAACCACUUUGAGUUGCUCAAGGUCACGCCGUACUGUCCCAUUGAGAACAUUAAAAAGUCGUUCAAGUCAGUGGCAUUCUCCCUACACCCUGACCGAAACUUGUCAUCUACAGCAACCACAGACUACUCUACUCUGGUCGAAAAGUACAAGCUACUCGUAACACCCGAGUAUCACUACAAGUACAAUAGAUUUGCAGAUCUCGUUUCAGAUGAUGAAAAGUCUCUGGGGAGUUUGGGAAUUGUAGACUUACUUUUAAUAUCCAUACUGAGGAAUUUAGCCUCGGUGCUUGUUACAUCGCUCGUACUGCUUUUAAAUGGAGAAGACGUUUUAAGACACCCGUCGUUUAUUUAUGAACUUUUUCUCUUCUUUUUGGACGCUUUUUUGCGUCUGGAUAAUGAAACUCUGCCACUCUCAAACGUUCCAAUUCUGAAGAAUUAUACGAUAUUUCAGCUGAUCACGUUUCUAAAAGAAUUCAAGAUUCUAUUCGUCUAUCACUCCCUCCUCUUUGUCGCCAAAGAUGAAAGUUUGUCCACGGUCUUUGGGUUUUCGCUCUUGAAAAACAAUGUUGCCAUAAUCAACAAACUUGAUUCGCUAACGUCAAAGUUUUCGGACGUAUCCAUGCAGAGUAGGACAUUGGAUGAUGAAUCUAAACACCUUAAUGAAUGGAAAAAAGUCAUGGAUUCAAGUCACAAACAGGUUCAAAAUUACGUAAGUUUGCAGUGUUUGCAAGAUUACUUCCAGGAAAUGUUUGAAAAAUUGUCCAAACAAAGGAUCGGAUGGACCGAGGAAACUAAAUCGCACAUUUCCGAAAUAUGCAAGAAAACUGAAAAAUCGCUGGAAAAGAGUGUACACACUCCGUUUUCUCUUCUCAUAAUCUUUGGUGUAGUAUUCUUUUACUUUUUAAACUGA